GUACUUGUACGGGCUGGAGCCUCCCUUGAAAGAAAGAAGAAGAAAAGAAGAAGAAAAAAACCCAGAACCACCGAAAAAAAAACUACAGGUUCACACCUCCACACAUCGGUCGCCUCCCUUUCAACCUGCCCCAGAACGUCUUGAUUGUCGGGAUGCGCCUGGGGAACUCUUUUCGAAUCCAUGUCACCUGGAUGCGUUCAACACCCACCCUGCAACCGCGUGGGUGACGCGCCGAGAUGACGGUAUAUUUCGAGUCGAGCUGGGCCAUCCUCAGCACCAUAUGCUUGGCGAACAGCCUCUUCGGCCUCAUGGUGGUGAACAUCACCACGCUGUCGCGGGCCUCCAUGGUCCCCAUCGUCGUCUCGGUGGCCGGCGCAGUGGCCAACGGGUUGUGCUAUUACGCAUAUUACGGCGACUAUCCGCUGGUCAACACGGCUGCGGCUUCUGUUGUUGCAGACGUCAUGUGGUUGAUCCAAGAAGCGGGCGUGUCGUUCUACAGCUACAUCAUCCUCGUCCGCAUCCUCUUCGAUUGGAACCUGAGAAUCUUCAAGACGCUGUUCUGGUCCAUCAUGUGCAUCAUCACCGCCACGAGAGUAGCGAUUGCGACCUUCCGGGCCGAGGCCAUCCUCAACAACGACCCGCGCGCCCAGUACAUCAUUAACCGCCUCCACGUCGGCUAUUUUACGGGCAUCGCGCUGGUGGAAUGCGUCAGCGCCUUCUACCUGCUCCGGAAAUUCGCAAGCGUCAGGCGAACGUCAGUGCGCGCCUCGCUGCCGACGGCCUUCUUCCGACAUCUCAUGCGGAGCACCGAAGUCCGCCUCGCCGCUCUCGCCCUCAUCGGCACCUCGCGAGCCCUGACGUAUUACUCUCACCCUUCGUUCCAGAGGGCCUCUUCCGUUGCUAGCCAGAUCGAUCGCUUCGUGUACACGCUAGAGUGCAUGUUUCCCAUUAUGCUCUUGUACGUCAUUCUCGCCACCAUUGUCGAUUGUCCCCCCUUUCACUCGACCGUCUCUUUGGGUUCGUGAUGUGCUGACGAGGAAACAAAAACAACGUGCUAUAGCAUCGACAUGCUCGCUUCGAAACUGGUCUACCACAACGAGAGGGAGCAAUACUCGCUCCCGCGCAUCGACACGGGCAGCAGGGCGCUGCACGAUGACUGGAGUAACUCGUGGUCGCGGGGUUCGAGGCAAGAUAGACAGCAAUUGCACUCGGUGUCGUCGGGGGCGCGGGACGAGGAGCAGAUCGAAUCCCAAGUGUCGUCGCGCUGGGAAGAAGCGAUCGAGAGACCGCCGAAUGCAAAGCUUACACAUACACAUCCACCAUAGCCAACGAGUGGAGUGGAGUGGAGUGGAGUGGACUUGGGGUUUGAAAAUGCGAAAGGAAAAAAAGAAAAAAAAGAGUCUUCCCGUU